AUGUAUCAUCAUCAUCCGCUUCCGCAUUCGCCAAAUUUAAAUCUCCGUCAAUCGAGUCCGUAUCCGGUUGAAAGCGUAAACAUAACGCAGCAACCCCCCGCGGUUACGACCGCGACCGGAAAUAAUACUCAAAGGCAUAAAAAUCAACACGGUUACCAACAACACAAUAAGAAAAAACCCUCGUCGUCGUCGUCGUCGUCAACGGUUCGAAACAACGGGAUCGCUCCCGCUCCAGAACAAAAAAAAUUUUUUUUUUUUUCCCCACAAAUCCAAGAAAGAAAACAAAACCUUUGGGAACCCCAGGAAAGAUUUUCUGGUGACAAAAGCGAGACGAAUUCAACGGGUAAUUACAAUACUCAAAGGGAUCACGCGAUCGGUUUAGGAUCCCGCGAACACAGUUCGGGUACUCUGACGUCACGGGGAAGAAUUUCAAAUAGGAGACAUCAACAAACGAAUAACGGUAUGAUGUCAUCGACAUCAAGUUCGAAUUCAUCGAUAUCCGAUAAUAAUGAUGAUUAUCACGAUGUCGAUCACAGAAGGCUGAAUUUGGAAAAUGAUUUAAACGGUGAUAGUCCACCGGAACCGGCACCGCCGGAAGUUCCGCCGCGCGGUCCCUCGUUACACGUAACCGGAAAUUCGCACACGUUGCGAAGUGGAAGGAAUACAAAUGAUAGGACUCCACAGGGACAAGACAUUUUCCUUUCUCAGGGUGAGUAA